AUGCCGAAAAGAAAGGCCGCUGCUGCCCUGUCCGGCCCGGCUGGGUCUGGCGAUGAGGGCAUGCAGGCCAAUGAUUCGGGAAGAGAGCGCCCUACGAAGAAGCAACGGGGCAGGCCCCGGUCCAAGUCGGCCGAGUUGAAGCCGCUUGCGCAGUCGGCGCGCGAAUCCAGCAUCCCGGCUCCGUCAGAGGCGCCGGUGAAGAAGAGCAGCCGAAGGGGCAGACCAAAGGGCAGCCGAAACUCGGUCCAGGCAUCCCAAGAAGCCGCGGAGGAGCAGGUCGAGGUCGCAGAAUCACAACCAGAAGUGGGCGAUCAGGGGGCAGAAAGCGCCCCCGUGUCGAACGAUGAGCUAGAUGGUGGUUCGCAGAGCGUUACGAAAUCCGCAAGGCCCACCAAGUCUACGAAACCUCUACCGACGCGUAGUCGGAAGAACGCCACCGCACUAAGCUCCGUUCAAACCGAUGGCGGAUUCGAGUACACUCCAUCGAGUAGCCGACAACGUAAAUCGCUGGACAAGCCCGAAGAGCGACCCGAACCUCCUAAAAGACAACGACGGAAAGCCGAAGCGGAGGAAAAUAAGGAUGUGCCGGUAGAAGACAGCGCUGCUCCAGACGUUGUAGACGAGACCAUGCUCCAGGACGAGCCGAUAGAGUCCCGGUCAGUGUCACGAUCUCCGACUAAACGCCGGCAAUCCGUAUACAAUUCCCCUACGAAAUCCAGGCUUAGCGGGACGGCCGACGAGCCUGAAUUGCGCCGUCGAAUUGGAGACUUGACGAAGAAAUGCGACACACUGGAGAAUCGGUAUCGGAACCUGAAAGAGAUAGGGAUUGUCGAAGCGAACGCCAACAUGGAAAAGCUCCGAAAACAGUGCGAAUCUAUGACGAAUGCUUCCAAUAACCUGAUCGCCUCCCUGAAGGCAGAGUUGGAGGCGCAGAAAGCGCUUGGCCAGCAAAGCAGAUCGCUGCAAAGACAGCUGAAGGAACGGGAUGCGGAGGUGGCCAGACUGAAGACACAAGCUGAGGAGGCUACAGGACAGCUCUCCUCCACGCAGACUGAGGUGAAGGCUCUACAAACCAAGCUGGCAGCGGCCCGGAAUACUGCAGCCAGCCUUGAAAGUGCCGCAGCCAGGGUGCCUGGAAGUGCCAUCAAGAGUGGAGCGAACCGUGCCAAUGCUGCCAUAACUGCGGAAGCCGCUCAUGCCGCCCAAUUUGCGCAGCUGAAGGAAGAUCUCUAUACCGAUCUCACGGGCUUAAUCAUUCGUGACGUCAAGAAGCGACCGGCUGACAAUCUGUACGAUUGUAUCCAGACAGGAAGCAAUGGAACCCUUCACUUCAAGUUGGUUGUACCUCACGUAUCGUCCGCCAACUUUGAAUCUGCCGAGUUUCAAUAUAUUCCGCUCUUGGACGAGAAUCGAGAUCGGGAGCUGGUUGACGUGCUCCCCGAAUACUUGACUGUGGACAUCACCUUUGUUCGCCAGCAAGCAUCCAAGUUCUAUACCCGAGUGAUCGAUGCACUGACCAAGCGGCGGAGCACUGCCGCCCUCUGA